CUGAGGUAAAACUGUUUAUUUUACAGAAUACUUUCACGUUUCAUCUUCCCACAUGCUGCUUUUUUAUCUCAUUUGUCACGGAACGGCUUUCUAAUCAGUCCUGAAUAAAUAACAUCAUAUAACGUUUGCUAAAUUUUUGGAUGGAGGUGUAUCGUAAAGAGUUCUACAUCGGACUUUCGUUGGCUGUAAGCUCGAGUAUUUUCAUCGGCGCAAGUUUCAUACUGAAAAAGAAAGGACUUCUGCGAUUGGCCAGCAAAGGAUCAACGCGAGCAGGUCAAGGAGGAUAUGCUUAUCUGAAGGAAUGGCUUUGGUGGGCUGGGCUCAUUUCAAUGGGAGCUGGAGAAGCUGCUAAUUUUGCUGCAUAUGCAUUUGCACCUGCAACUUUGGUUACUCCUCUGGGAGCACUGAGUGUACUUGUGAGUGCGGUGCUCUCGUCUUAUUUUCUCAAUGAGAGGCUCAAUGUGCAUGGGAAGAUUGGCUGCUUACUUUGCAUCAUAGGCUCCACGGUAAUGGUCAUUCAUGCACCGCAGGAAGAGGAGGUUUCUUCCCUCAGUGCCAUGGCUGAGAAGCUCAAAGACCCAGGAUUCAUUGUGUAUGCUGUGAGCGUUGUGGGAAGCAGUCUGGUCCUCAUGUUUGCGGUGGCUCCACGUUAUGGACAGAAGAAUGUGUUGGUCUACAUCCUCAUCUGCUCUGUGAUUGGCUCGCUGUCUGUGUCUUGCGUAAAAGGUCUGGGCCUCGGCAUCAAGGAACUGUUUGCUGGAAUAGCAGUACUAAAACAGCCAUUGUUUUGGGUGUUAAUUAUCUGUUUGGUGAUAUGUGUAACUAUUCAAAUCAGUUAUUUGAACAAGGCCCUUGACAUUUUUAACACUUCUAUCGUUACACCAAUUUACUAUGUUUUCUUCACAACCUCGGUCAUGGCCUGCUCUGCUAUCCUCUUCAAAGAAUGGUUGAAAAUGACCACAGAUGGGGCACUGGGGACUAUCAGUGGCUUCCUCACCAUUAUAUUAGGCAUUUUCCUGCUGCAUGCUUUUAAGGACAUCACUUUUACGUGGGAUUCCCUGCCUCUCUUCCUUAAAAAGAACCCCCAGGGGUUUUCAUAUGGACAACAGUCAUACACUGCUGUUCCCAGCCACAACAUGCAGGCAGAUGAAGAGCCCAAACAACCCAGAGACAUGAACGCAAAUGGAGAAUGGAAGAAGCAAACAAAUGUAAAACAAUAGCUUCUGAUUCAAAAGGUUUUUUAGGGUUUUUAAAUUUAACUGAUGAAAAACAUGUUUUUCAUUAUUUUUACAAACUUAUUACAGAAGUACAAACUUGACAGACUAUGGCACAGUUCUAUACAGUGUAUGAAUGUUUUCUUGCGUGAGUGAAGUUACCUCAUUGUUAUUUGCCAAAGAAUGUACAGUCAAGAAGAUGUUAAUAAAAACAUGAUUUCCAGAGA